AUGGCAAGAUAUGCAGUAAUUUGUGCAAGUAAUCAGAAUCGUUCAAUGGAAGCACAUCAUGUAUUACAAAAAAAGGGAUUUAAUGUAAACUCAUAUGGCACAGGUACCAUGGUUCGUCUACCAGGGCCUUCUAUUGAUAAGCCAAACAUUUAUCCUUUUGGUACCCCUUAUGAACAAGUAUACCAAGAAUUAAAAAGCAAAGAUCCAAAUCUUUAUACACAGAACGGUCUCUUGAACAUGUUGGAUCGUAAUAGAAAGACUAAACCAGCUCCUCAGCGAUGGCAUGAAUCAAGAGAAGUGUUUGACGUGAUCAUCACUUGUGAGGAACGUUGCUUUGAUGCAGUCGUAGAAGAUCUAGUCAAUCGAGGACAGAAUCUUAAUCAGAGUACACAUGUGAUCAAUGUCGAAAUUAAAGAUAACCACGAAGAUGCCUUAUUAGGUGGUCGAGCUAUAUUGCAACUAGCACAAAUGAUAGAAGCAUCUACUGAUAUUGAUGCUGACAUGGAUGGUAUCAUUGAAGAGUUUACCUCAAGGAAUCCAAGCUUCCCUAUUCUACACACUGUAACAUAUUUUUGA